GAAGCAUAUUCAUCAAUAAAAUUGUAACACCUAAAAUUGUUUGUGGGUGUUUUAAUAUAAAAAUGGGAGUUAUAGGGAAGCUUGAAGUAGAAGUGGACAUCAAGUCACAUGGAAAUCUUUUCCAUGAACUAUUUGGGCAAAAACCACACCAUCUUCCCAAUAUAACUCCUGAUAAAGUUCAUACUUGUAAUUCCCAUGAAGGAGAAUUUGGAAAACCUGGUUCUGUCAUUUCUUGGGACUAUACUUUAGAUGGAAAGAAAUGUGUUGCAAAGGAGAUAGUGGAAGCCAUAGAUGAAGAAAACAAGAUGGUAAGGUUCAAAAUCAUAGAAGGUGAUCUACUCCAAGAGUUCAAGAGCUUAACAGUUAGUCUUCAUGUGAUUCCUAAACCUGAAUUUACAGCAGUUAGAUGGUGUGCUGAAUUUGAAAAGAUUUCAGAUGAUGGGCCCUACCCUACUAAGCUUAUGGACUUUUGUAUUGCUAUUACUAGGGAUGUUGAGAGUCAUCAUCUCAAUGAUUGAUCAUCAUACAUACAUUAAUUUGUAUGAUAUAAUGUGUCCAAAAAUGAUGAAAAUCCUACAAAGUUUGUUUUUUAUGUUGAUUUGUUUGAAUUUAGUGAUCAUUAUGAUAUGAUGAUGAAUAAGAAUAAAUGGAUGGAUGUGAUUUGGUGCUAUUGUAAUAAUGUUUGUGGAAAAUAUGGAUCAAUUAUUAUAUGUGAAAUUUGAAUGAAACUUAAUUUGUUAUUUGUA